AUGUCUGCCUCGGGGAAUGCUGCAUUGAAGCCACCAGUCCCCCCUGCCCCGAAGCCAGCGCCCGCGGUCGCUGUUGACUCUGCGUCUCCGGCUCCGGACGUCGUGUCGUGUGAGGCUCCGGCGCCUCUCCUGCCUGCCCCGUCUGCCCCCGUUGCUGAGCCGGGCCCUCCUGCGGGACCUGCGCCCUCUGCGCCUGGUCCGCCGGCUGCCCCUGUGAAUUCUGCGGGACCGCCUGCAGUUGCUGAACCUGGGGUUGCUCCGCUCGUGCCUGAACUCCCUGCGGCACUGCCCGCCGUUGCUGUCCCUGUUGCCCUCGACGCGGCUGUUGGUUCGUCGCCAAUGGCGGUGUCCGCCACCACUGGCGGCCCGGGCCCGAAUGUGGCGCCAGCGGGGGCCAUCCAGGCGGCGCUUGUUGCUGCACCUGUGGGUCAGCAGCAGGGCCAGCGCUCCUCUCGCCCGCAUUCUCCUGCGCCUCGUGAGGAGCGGGAGUCGUCGCGACGCCGUCGUGAUUCUCCCCGGCGCAACCGUUCGCAGGCGAACUGGCAUGCACAACGUGGCGGUCGCGGGGGAUGGGCGGGAGGUCGCGGUUAUGGCGGCGGAUCGGACGUGCAACGUGUUGUCUCAGCGGCGAUACGCGAGGAGAGGGCGGUGCAGCGCCGUGCUCCAGCUCCUGCGUCUCCUCCUCCGGCCGUUCCUCCUGUGACUGUCGCUCCGUCACGUCAGGCCGUCGCUCCCGUUCCUCUUGCCUCUGCUCAGGCUCCCUCCGUUCCUGCCGCCUCUGCUGCCGUACGUGAUCGCCGCUUGCGGCUACCGUGGGUUCCUCCAGUGGCGGGACUGGAAUUUGUGACUGCGGCAGGAGGAGCGGUGACGGCACAGUACCCGCCUCUGCUGCCUGCUGAUCCCGCUCCCCCGUCUGCUCUCGAUGCACCGAUCCUCCCGACCUUGCCUGGGCCUCCUCGCAUGGCUGAGGUGUACGGUCAUGCUGCUCUGUUCCAGGGGAAUUCCCUGGAUGGAGGCCCUCGGGACGAGUGCCUUGAUGCGGCGGAUCGGCUCGCCGAGCUCCUGGCGCCCGUGCUGGCUGCGCCCGCGCGGGGUGUAAUUGCGGGCGUUGGGCAGCUUGGAACGGCUGUCUGUGGGUUGAAGCGGGUCCUGCGCGCAGGAACUGGAGACGAAGUGAUCGGCGCAAGCGCGAUGGUGGUGCGGGAGCUUCACCGCUCUCAGACCGGGCUUCUUGCUGUUCACGACGCGGAUCAAUACUAG